GGACAUUGUGCUGAGAUGCCCUCGGAUACAGAAGCAGGAGCCGGGAGAGCCUGUUCCUCCGUGGCAGCCAGCGUGGGCAGGGUCUGGGUCCCGUGGCCGCUGGGCAGGCCGGAGGGCGUGUGGGCGGCUCGUGUUGUCCUUGCAGCUGGGAGGUCGUGGGCGACCAGAGCCCUGUGUAUCCUGGAAGGGGAACGUGCUCCCACGACGUGCAGAUCGAAGCCAUUUCUGAAGAUGCUCCUGUGGCCACUGCUUUUCCUGGGGCUGGCAGACGCCUGUGUUCCCCGCGAAGCCGCAAUUGAAGAAAAAAGUGGAUCCACCGACUGCUGGUUCUGCUGCCCUCCAGUCCAACUGCUGAAAGGGAUCCUAGGGAUGAUGAGCCGGCUGUCGCCGGACGACAGGACAGAGGAGGAGAUGAAGAUUCUGAAACAGAUCCUAGGUUUGCUGAGCCUCCAGGUGCUGAACGAAGAAAGCAGUGGCUGCAAGGAGGAAGCUAAGCCUGCCCCGGCCGCCGAGCCCGCGCCGAGGCCGCUGCUGAAGAGGAACAGCUGGAACUUCGUCAAGUGCGCCUACAUGGUCGUGACCUUCCUGUUCACCUCCUACAACAAGGGGGACUGGUGCUACUGCCACUACUGCUCCCCGGACACGGAUGUCAGGGAACAGGGCAGGCGGGACUCCUGUGCUCACGAGGGGACAGUAAAGCACACACAGAUGUCACGGGUGUCAGCUAAAGCUACAGAGGAGAAAGGGCACAUGGGAAAGGAGACAGAAGAGCCCAGCCUGCCAGCCCGUUGGGGGUCAAGGACGGCCUUUUCGGGAAAGUUACAUUGAACCCACGACCCACAGGAUGACAGGUAGCCGGCCUGGCAGCAAGCAGGGGGGAGACUGCAGGGGACAGAGUCUGUGGGACUAGCGCCCCGGGGAGAAGGUGGCCCCGAAGGGUGGCAGCUGGAGAGCAGAGCGCCCG